AUGAAUCCGCGUAUCAUAGAAAAAACGACAAUUAUCACUGAUCCACUUUCAACUCCACAAUCUUCUAAACCAUUUAUUGUACGUAUACCACAUAUUCAAACCAAAUCGCCAUUAAAUUCUGAAAGUGGAAAAGUUGUUAUUGUUAAAACAAGUCCAACACCAAAUCAAUCAACACCUCAACAAGCAACAAAAUCGUUUUCCGUUGUUAGACUAGCUGAUGGACAAAUGCUUCUUGUCCCUACGAACACUCAACCACAACAACAAUUGAUGGUCAAUGAAAAUGGUAUAUCAAGAAUAAUAAAAGCAUCAUCAGUAAGUCCACCGAAUCCAACUGGAAUUAUUUCUACCAUAAAACGAAUAACGAAAGAACAGAAUACACCUCGCGUUAGUACGAUUCAAAUAACUAAUUUAUCGUCUCCAUCAACAAAUAUAAAAUCUCAUCAACAACAACAACAACACCAUCAAGCAUCGAUAUCACCACAAGAACGUCGCCUACGUCCAAUAGCACCUGCACCAACAGCUUUAUCUUCAGCAACAAAUGAUUUAUUAAAUUCACUUUUAGUUCAACAACAACAACAAUUAAAUGCCGCAUCAGCUGAAACACUAUUACGGUUCGAUCCAACAGCAAGUGUUCUAAUGGGAGGCGAAGAUGAUUCAUUGCCAACUAUAUCUGAAACAGUUACACUUGAUAGUAAUGGUUCAUCAUUAAAAAUACAUAAUAAUAAUAAUAAUAAGCGUAGAAUAGAAACGACAUUACCUAUUGAAAGACAGACAUCUUUACCUGUUGUAUCAUCGCCAACGAUACAACCGAAACCGAAAACUGUACGUAAAACACCUUCAACAAAUGAGGAAAAAUCAACAACAAAAUCACGAUUAGAAAAUAAAGCCACAUCGAUUAUAAAAGACUCAGGUAAAAAAAUGACUCCACGACAAGUUCCAACACCACAAACAACAUCUACGACUAUUGAAACUAAAAAUCCCAAAACACCUGUUAAACGACCAGCGACAACAGCUUUACCACCUAAAAUCGAUCCCGAAGAAGGAAUCAGAAUGAAAAUCUGUGAAUCAAUUCUUCGAUCACUUAUUGGUCGAAUUGAACGCGAACAACAUCAAGAAUCAAUAAAAACACGUCUAGAAAAACAUAGUACAACAGUACCGAAAUUUGAACAUCGUCAAAUUGUUCUAACACGUUUAUUAAAUGAACGUGUUGAUAUUCUUCGACAAGAAUUCAUUAAAAAUCGUUCCGAACGUAAAGCAGUUUUAGUUAAAGAACAAUUUCAAAUACAACGUCUUAAACAACAGCAACAAAUUAUACUUAAACAACAACAACAAGCAACUAAUGUUAAGCAAGAUCAAUUCGUAUCCGAUGAAGAUAAUACUAAAGAUGAGUCACCGCCAGCUAAAAAAGCGAAAAAACUUAAUGGAAAUGAAAUUAAACAAAAACGACAAGCAACACCAAAAUCAAUUGAACCGAAUAUCAAAAGCGCAAUAUCAAAACGAACACGCCCGAUCGCGUCAACUAAAUUCUCCGAUGAUUAUAGUCCAUCACCUAAAAAAGCCCGUCGUCCACGUAGUAAUAAUAUGCCUGAUCAUGCGGAUCUAUCUGACAAUGAUGAAAAUCUUCUAACCAAUCGUAAAUCUUCGUCGUCAUCAACAAUAUCAAAAAACAAACCUAAACUAAUUACAACAAUAAAUACUUCUAUUCAAAGAAAAAGCAAUAAAUUAUCAACUGAUUUCAAACCGGAAAAUAUUGAUUGUAAUUGUAAACGAAAUAAUGAUUUAGAAGAAAAAUUUUUUGUUCAAUGUGAAUUUUGUUCACGCUGGUUGCAUGGCAAAUGUGUUGGUUUAACACCACGUCUUGCAGAAAAAAUGAAUGAAUUUAUUUGUGAAGAUUGUGCAAUAUUAACGCAGCGAGCUAAAGAACGUUUAUAUUGUAUUUGUCAAACCCAAUAUGAUGAAUCAAAAUUUUAUAUUGGUUGCGACGUAUGUGCCGAUUGGUUGCACGGCAAAUGUGUUAAUAUAACCCCUGCAGAUGCAGAAAAAUUCGAAGUUUAUGUUUGUCCAAGAUGUUCUACAGAGAAGAAACAAGAAUUUCUAAACAAAUCAAUCACUGGUGAAACGAGAAAGAAAUUGUUGGAUCUGAUUGAUCAACUUUUGGCACAUAAAAUGUCAUGGCCAUUUCAAAAACCGGUUGAUGUGAAAGAUGUACCGAACUAUCACAAAAUAAUAAAAGAUCCUAUGGAUUUUACAACAUUAAAAACAAAAGUGCUAAAUAAUAAAUUUCGCACUAUAUGUGAUUUUAUACGUGAUGUUAAUAAAAUUUUUAAUAAUUGUCGACAAUUUAAUCCAAUUGAUUCAGCAUUUUCACAAUGUGCUAAUGUUGUGGAUAAUUGUUUUCGUCAAUUACUUGAAAAUUUAAUGGUUAGAGAUCAAAAUUGA